AUGGCCUCCGAGAUGCGCAUCAAAGACGGGGACGAGGACGACGACAAGCCUGUAAGAUGCGCUCAGCGUUUCAGCAAUGAAACGACCCGUUCCCUCCGACCACCCCCAUUGACCUGUUGCCUUGUAGGAAGAUUUCGCAGACGCUGCGUCAACCCAGCCGCCGUCAUCUGCGGAACCCGAGCGCAAGCAUGACGACAAACCUGCAUCCGUGAAGGACGAGGGGGAAGAGCACGCAGCUGAUGGAGCAGGAUUGGGGAUAGUGGGUGCUGGCGGAAACAUCCAGAGCACCAUGGCCAAGGACAAUGAGGAGCAUGUCAGCAAAAGCCAAGAUUCCGCACAAAUGCCCACCAUUGAAGACAGCGACGAGUCUGCGGUCCAGACAGACGGCGCGACCUCGCAACCCGCACAUUCGCGCCUCACCACUCUCGAUGACACCCCCGACCUGCCACCGCCCACAUCCCCGCCCUCCGCCUCCCGAGACCGCAGCGUAUCCCCUGGUAAAGGGUCUCGUUCCCAGUCACCCGUGCGAAUCAUGCAGCCACCGCCGUCCACUACCGAGCGAGCGCAGAACCUGGAACAGAAGAAUGGGAACGAACGAGUCCCUUCGCCUCGCGAGGCUCUAGCACGCAAAGCAUCAAGUGGCUUCGGAGCUCUACUUGGCAGGAUGGGCAGCAUCAGGAAACCAGCCAAAUCACCUCCGGCGCCGCGACAAGAACGCAGGACUAGCGAGAGACGUGGCACUGCUGCCUCAGCGGCGUCUGUGGAUGGCAAUGGGCUCACAAACAGCAGCCAGAGUCCCAAACCCAGCCUCCAGGAUCAAUUCACUCAUCUGCGAAGGCAGGAAGAAUUCAGUGUACACGAUGCCAAUGGACAGGCCGGUGACGAGGAGCAGACCAGGAGUGAGAGGGCACAAAGCGAUGCGGAUUCACGGUCGCCAGCGGGUCUGACUCGGGAAGGCAGGUCGUCCCCCACCUCCGGAAUGAAGUCACCACCGCUGAAUCCGAGCCUGCCGCCCGGUACGGCGUCAGGUAUAUCGGCAGGACCUGCAGUCGAGCCCAAAGAGGUCAAUUGGGAUCUGUGGCAGCAGCUGGUGUAUGAGGGUCCGGCCGUUGUUGCGAGGACCAGCGGAGAAGAAUUGAACAAGGCAAUCACCUCUGGCAUACCUCCCGCGAUAAGGGGCGUCGUUUGGCAAAUUCUGGCCGAGAGCAAGAAUGAAGAAUUGGAGAAUGUAUACCGAACCUUGAAAGCUAGGGGUACGGAUGCAGAACGGCGCCAUGCGCCUUCACGGAGCGAAUCCACGGUUGGCGUGAAUGGCACAUCCACCGAUAAAGAAGGAGCCAUCGCCUCGGAUGCCUCCAGCGAGCACUCGGACAACUCUACUACGGCCAAUUCAGGGGUUGCAAGUCCUCCGACGUCGAUAUCAGUUGAUAGCACUGGACCCGAGCUCCGGGCCAAGCUCCUCGAGGAGAAGCAGAAACGCGAAGCUGCCGCCUUGCAGAAGCUGGAGAAGGCCAUCAGGCGUGACAUGGGAUCGCGCACAUCUUACAGCAAAUACACGCAGUCGGCCGGGCUACAGGAUGGUCUCUUCGGUGUCUGCAAAGCAUACGCUUUGUUCGACGAAGGCGUCGGUUACGCACAAGGCAUCAAUUUCAUCGUCAUGCCUCUGCUGUUUAACUUGGACCAGGAGGAAGCAUUCACACUGUUGGUCCGGCUCAUGAGCAAGUACGACCUCCGCAGCAUGUUCAUCCCCGAGAUGACGGGACUUCACCUGCGAUUAUAUCAAUUCGAACGAUUGCUAGAAGAACAUGAGCCGGCCGUGUACUGUCACCUCCGGCGACGAAAUGUCGGACCCCAGCUGUACGCGACACAAUGGUUCCUGACCUUGUUUGCUUACCGGUUCCCGUUACAGCUCGUGUUACGGAUUUACGACCUAAUCCUCAGCGAAGGCUUGACAGCGAUCCUCAAAUUUGGCAUCGUCUUGAUGCAGCGCAAUCGCGAUGCAUUGCUCGAGAUGAAGGACAUGAGUCAUUUGACAAACUUUUUAAAGGACAAAUUGUUUGACGUCUACAUUGAUAAGUCCCCGUCCGCAUCAUCUCUUCUGGACUCUGGAUUCUUCGGGUCGGUCUCUGGCGGUGCUGACAAGGAGCUCUACCGGGCGGAUGAGAUGGUGAGGGACGCCUGCAACAUCAAGAUCUCCGACGAGACGCUAGCGCAGUAUACUGUUGAGUGGGAAGGGAACCAGCGGACGGAACGCGAGCGCGGGAACGAGCUGGAGACACUGAGGACAACGAACAUUGCUCUGACGAAUAGAGUCAAGGCGCUCGAGGAGCGGGUACAGCAAUCCGACACCGAGCAUGUGGACAUAGCACAAGACCUCGUCAAAUGCAAGGUGGAGAACGAGACGCUGCAUGACGAGAACGAAGGGCUCAAAUUGAAGGUCACAGAGCUGCAGAAGAUGGUGGAUGCACAGCCCGCGGAGGUCGAGGAGAAGCUGAAGGAGGAAAUGGAUCGGAUUAUGCAGCGGAACAUCGAGGUCCAGAACGAGAAUCGCGCGGUCAAGGAGGAGAUGGACGAAAUGGAACAUGAAUUGGUGAAUGCCAAGAUGGCACAUGCACAGGUGGCGUACUCUCCAUUGCGACUUGACGCUGACACGAUGCUGACAAUGAUCGCAGACUCAAGCGGAUUACGAGACGAUCAAGCAGAAGUGGACGAGCUUGCAGGCAUUGCUCAACGACAAGGCGUAG